UGUAGUGCCACGAGCUAUAUGAGACCCGUAAUUCUGACGAAACCUUCAGGCACGGUAGUCAGUCUUGCAUGCACGCUAACAUUGUUCAGCUUGAUGGCGCGCGCUUCCUGUAACAUGUGACCAUGCGUGUAGACUUUCGCCCAGGGUGCCGUCAGUUGCCCGCCUGCCAGAACUCGCCCGAGCAUCUUUGAAGAUUACAUUGUCUGUCCAGGGAGGCUGCAAGGAGCCUUGUUAUGGUUGCCUGCGAUGGCCUUGCGGGAUCGAGCUGUGUGUUUGUGUGUGUGCUCUCCGAGCGACGUGCCGAACAUGUGUUGAGUGCAUCGCUGACAGCUGAGAAGUCUAACGCUGUCCCUUCUUGGCCAGAGUUCUGCACCGCUGAGAAAGUUGAGGUCAGGUUAACGAUCGUUUCAUGCAUGCCAGUUGGAGCCAACAGCCAACAUAACAGCGAUGACGGCACCACAGAAGCUUACACUCAUGUGUGUUGUGCAGCAGUAGCUGCGCAAUCAAAUCUGAACUGACACACCCGUAAGGUGCAAGCCGACGGCGUAUGGGGAUCUGGGUGCUGAACACUGAGCAGUUCCCCCAGUGGCUGGAGACGGAUGGGUGUUGUUUGUGAGGGUGUUUUGGAAUAAAUUAGCUUGAACACUCUCUACCAGUGAACGAGUCCGAAGCUAGCUAGACCGCAGGGUUGUUCCGCUGAGUGGGUGCGUAAUGUGAACUAUUGUCCGUUGCCGAGUUGCUUCUAGCUUGUGCGAAUUUGUUCAUCUUGUUUUCCAAGAGGGCUACGACCAGUUUAGCACGGCUGGGAAAGGCAGCAGGCGCGGACAGCCGACCAGACGGACGUACGGGUGCGUCUUUGUCCAGCGCCUCCCACCCAGGACCACCACUGCCCGUGGAUCUACAACUGCGUCGGGUAUUUUAACUAUAAGUACUUCUUCUUGGUGAUCUUCUAUUCCGUCAUCGCCCUCCACAUGAUAUUCUGGACCAUGUUCGAGUCCGUAGAAAGGUCGCUCGAGGACGACCGCGAGCCAUUCCUGACUUCGUUCCUCACGCUUUUCGGCGUGACCCUGGCGGCCUCCCUGGGCUUCAUCGUCACGCUGUUCGGGAUGUUCCACGCGUGGCUCAUCUGCAAGGGCCUGUCCACCAUCGAGUUGUUCGAGAAGCAGGGCGAGCGCCGCGACGACGCCACCCUCGGCGAGCUGAUCUGCGGCGACGCCUACACGUCGAAGUUCAACCACGGCACCCUCCAGAACAUCAGGACGUCGCUCGGCGACUGGGCCAUCUUGUGGUUGCUGCCCGUCUGCCCCCCCUCCGGGAGCGGGCUGAACUUCGUCCAGCACGCGGCCAGCGGCGCCGAGGAGGAGGCGCGGAGCAUGGAGGCCCGCCGGGGCACGUACGUCAGGAGGACCAGCCACAAGAAGCGGGCGCACCAGCACCAUCGCGACUACUGGGUCUGAGCGGCGGGGGGGUGCCUCCGCGACCGGGGCGGACCACCCACUCGCCGGGGGCGCCGUCUGGCGGAAGACGGCAGACGCGCGCGCGCGGGGG